AUGCUUUCAUCAGAUGUCGUUAUUUUUGGGACAUUGCCUGAAGAUCUACUUCAAAACACGUUUCAUGAAGAUCUUUUUUGCACGUUCCACGGUGUUUCCACGAAUGAGAAUAGUAUAGACGUGAAAAGCCAUUCCACAGAGGAGAAGUCAGUGGCCCUCGCAUCAAACACAUGGCUGUGUUUUACGCAUACUGGGCAAGGAAAGCAGUGGUCUGUGCAGCUGAAGCCAUUUCAACAGUAUUUGGAUAAUGUUGAAGCAGUAUCUGUCGCCACUUCGCUUCAUCUUCCUUUAAGGCCCCUUUCAAAUACUAUAACAGAGCCUCUGAAGUGUGCAUUGCAGUUUGUAGAGGAUUCGUGGGUGUGCACUGAGCUCUCUAACCCCAAGGCUUCGACAGUGGGGACGAUAAAAGGGGUUGAAAAUGACCAACACCCAAACGGAAUGCCACCCGCUUUCUUGGACUCCACAUCCUUACCACAGGAUAUCACAUCCCUAUCAAUGACUAUGAAUGUGCGCACUUCGGAUACCGCGACAUUUGCUGGGGGUGAUAGGGGCAUACUUCCUCAAACAUCCCUAGAUGGUUUAUUAGCGUCAAGUGAGCAUCGUAUGUUCGUCCUGGCUAUAGCACAUUACUUGGGUCCUUCUCCACGUUCCUUGAAAGAAAUUUUAAGCUAUAUUUUCUCAUUUAGAUCAGCAUCGCCGGAUGCGCCUAAGACCUUUAACAAAAAUGACGGUGAUGAGAUUCCCAUUAGAUUCUUUGGCUUGUCUACUUCAAAUGGGAGACUUGCUUAUCAUAUGAAGGAUGUGCAAGCGGUUGUGAACCUUUUAGCAUCUAAAGGCACUUCUGGCACGCAGUUUGAACUUAAGACAGAGGGGUAUGCUCUCAUUGAUUUGAAUCAAUACGAUAGCAGGCUUACCAAACAGCGGGUGGCAAAUAGGGCAUUCCCAAAACUUUCGGCGAAUUCUCAGAGUGUCAAACAGUAUGCAAGUCAGUUGCAUGCAAUGGAGCUUUAUGUCGAUCGAGACUUGUUUACUCGCGGUCGUGGGAUCAUGAGUGGAUUGGGGACAGCCAAAACAGAGAACAGAGUUCGCCCAAGAAACAUAGAUACCAAUAGCGGUGAGGAUGAGAUAAAAAUGAGAGAGGCGAAUAAGUACACCAGAGAAGAGAUCCACAGCGAAGGAAAGAUACUAGCGCAGUACACGGACCUUUCUCAGUGCGGUAUUGAGUGGGAAAGUGGCGACCUUGGGUUGUUAUUCAUUACUUCUGACUCUCAGCAUCAUGAGAGCAUGGAUUUACUUAAGAAUCGUCAAGCGGUACGACUUGCACUUAUACAGAAAUCUCUUAGGGAAUGCCAACUCCCAUCGAUGAUGAUUACCUCUGAUGAACAACUAGUGGAGUCUCUGCGAGACUACCGGCGUCUCUACGAAUUUUAUCAGACAUUGAUGAAAGGUAUGGAAUCACAUAGCCAUGUAAGCCAUAGAGCAAGGGCUUGGUACGAUCGUAUCGGGCCGGAGCGGCGAUCGGCAAGUUUGAUGCAGCAACUAAAGGAGUGGUGGGAACGGCAGAAGAAAUUGCGUGAAAAAUGGCUUCCCGUGUAUGUGUCGUUGCAGCAGGAGACAUAUUUUUUGGAGAAAGACAUUAUGAAAUACUUAGACUUGUGUAGUCUUGGGGUUAUUUGA